GCCAGCUUGCAAAACAUUGCAGAAAGAAUUGCGCGAUAGAAAUUAAUUAAAAAUACGCUUUAAUAAUCAGCUUAGAGAAUAGAUUCAUUGUUUUUGCACAGCGCUCACAUUGCCCAAGGUUCUGCCUGUAUAAAUAAAGUGUUUUCGUUAACUAGAAACCUGAUCAACAAACGACAUGAUGAGCCUGCUGGGGCGCCACGAUGUGGAUGCGGGCGAAGUGUUUGUUAACUUUAAUCAAAACACAACUUCAUUGGCGGUGGCCACCAGCGGCAGUUACAGUCUCUAUAGUCUGGGCUCCGUGGACUCAACACUGGAUAAGAUCUACCACACGAAGAGCGAUGAUCUCUUUCUCAUUGAACGCUUGUUCGAGAGUUCACUAGUGGCCAUAGUGUCGCAGCGUGCGCCACGCAAACUCAAAGUUUGCCACUUUAAGAAGCAGAGUGAGAUAUGCAACUACUCAUACUCGAACACAAUUCUGGCUGUAAAGCUUAACCGUGAGCGUUUAAUUGUCUGCUUGGAAGAGUCUCUUUACAUACACAAUAUCCAGGAUAUGAAAGUGGUCCACACCAUACGCGACACACCCUGCAAUCAGCAAGGACUGUGUGCACUUUCUUCGUCGUCGGAGCACUGCUAUUUAGCGUAUCCAGGCAGCGUUACCUCGGGUGAGGUGCAAAUAUUUGAUGCCAUAAACUUGCACGCCAAGACCAUGAUACCAGCACAUGACACACCACUGGCAGCCCUGGCGUUCAGUCCGUCUGGCACGGAGAUUGCCACUGCCAGUGAACGUGGGACUGUUAUACGCGUAUUUAGUUCGCAGGAUGGCAGUCGGCUGUUUGAGCUGCGGCGUGGUCUCAAGCGCUGUGUAUCGAUUGUCUCGCUGUCUUUCAGCACUUGCGCCGAGUACUUGGUGUCAAGCUCAAACACGGAGACAGUGCAUAUAUUCCGCUUAGAUCGGAGCACCGCAGAGAGCAAUGAUCAUGGGAAGCAGCCUAGCGAUGAUUGGAUGGGUUACUCGUUUUUUAGAUUCUUGAGCAAAACGGUCACAAGCUACUUGCCCACGCAGGUGACCGACGUAUUUAGCCAGGGACGUGCUUUUGCGUCGGUUACGCUGGCCGAGGCGGGUGUGCGACGUAUGUGCGCCAUUGCCACUAUUCAAAAGCAGCUGAGACUCUUAAUUGCAUCCCAGGAUGGAUUUUUGUAUGUAUAUUCCAUACCCUCGAUUGAGGGUGCAGAGUGUCAGUUGAUAAAGCGACAUGAUCUGCGUUUGGAUGAUCAUUAUGCUAUGGAUGUCAAAGGUCUUAACAGCAAUGUUUCCGUUGGCGGUGCGGCUGGCGUGCCAAGCGGUGGUGGUGCUGCUGCUGCUUCAACAGUUAGCAGCAGCGAUGCAAAGUCUACUGACAAGCCUAGCAGCUCUGCCGGCACCAGCUACGCCUCCAAGGUGAAAGGCGAUGAACCCACCGGUUCCUCCUCCUCCACUUAGGUGCAAUUGAACUCUCGCAAUUCAGAAAAAACAACUAAAACACCAAUCACACAAACAGUUUGAAUGAUUAAUAUGAUAUGAUACAACUCCUCAAAGUACUAAGGACGACGAUGCUAAAGUGAUUGAAAUUCGCUCAUGCAGCUGGCGACGACGGUAGCUCUAUGGCGUCAUGCAUAAAUAAGUAAAUAAAUAUAUAGGAAUGAAUAGGACUUAGCUUUUAAUGUUAUAAGUGAAAAUUCUUCCUCGGUUUAUAAGCAAAAUAUGCAAUUGAGUGACACGGCAAGAUCCCUUCCCCUCAAAGCAAUUUUUAGUUUAAGAUUCUGUUUGUGGCGCUGCCAAUAAUAGAAACAAUGCUUUUUGUCAUACACUCUUAAGUUAGCUGUUAUAUUUUUUAAAAUUUAAU